AUGAACAAAUACACGUUAACACUUUUGCUCUUGUCUCUUGGUGGUCUUCUAUGUGAGGGAGGUAACCUAUGCUGUUCAGAGCCAUGUCAGAACAAAGGUGUUUGCACAGCCCUGGGAUCUGAUGCUUAUGAAUGUGACUGCACGCGUACUGGUUAUUAUGGCCAAAACUGUACAACACCUGAAUUCCUCACCCGGGUAAAAGUGCUCCUGAAACCAACACCCAACACAGUCCACUAUCUUCUGACCCACUUUAAGGGCUUCUGGAACAUCAUCAACAACAUCUCAUUUCUCAGAGAUGCCAUCAUGAAAUAUGUGUUGACGUCCCGAUCCCACAUGGUGGACAGCCCGCCAACCUACAAUUCAGACUAUGAUUACAAAAACUGGGAAGCCUAUUCCAACCUUUCGUACUAUACAAGAGCCCUACCCCCGGUGCCGCAGGAUUGCCCAACCCCUAUGGGAACAGUGGGUAAAAAGGAGCUCCCUGAUGCGAAGCUUCUUGCAGAGAAGCUCCUAAUGAGAAGACAGUUCAUCCCUGACCCACAAGGCACCAGUCUUAUGUUUGCAUUCUUCGCGCAGCACUUUACACACCAAUUCUUUAAAACGGACAUGAAGAGAGGUCCUGCCUUUACACUUGCAAAAGGACACGGGGUUGACCUCAGUCACAUUUAUGGAGACAAUCUGGAGAAGCAACACAAACUGAGACUUUUCAAAGAUGGCAAACUUAGACAUCAGAUGCUGGAUGGAGAGAUGUACCCUCCAACUGUUAAAGAUGUGGGCGUUGAUAUGCACUACCCUCCUCAUGUCCCGGACUCUCACCGCUUUGCUGUGGGACACGAGGCUUUCGGCCUGGUCCCUGGGCUCAUGAUGUACGCCACCAUUUGGCUCCGGGAGCACAACCGAGUGUGUGAUGUUUUAAAGCAAGUCCAUCCUUAUUGGGAUGAUGAAAGACUCUUUCAGACCUCACGGCUGAUUUUGAUAGGAGAAACCAUCAAGAUUGUAAUUGAGGACUAUGUGCAGCACCUGAGUGGCUAUAACUUCAAACUCAAAUUUGAUCCUGAGCUGCUAUUCAGCCAGCAUUUCCAGUACCAGAAUCGCAUUGCAUCCGAGUUUAACACCCUGUACCACUGGCACCCACUGAUGCCUGACUCCUUCCACAUUGAGGAGGAAAACUACAACUAUAAACAAUUUGUCUUCAACACCUCUGUCGUGACUAAGCACGGCAUUGCAAACCUGGUGGAGUCCUUUAGCAAGCAGAUAGCUGGAAGGGUUGCUGGUGGUCGGAAUGUUCCUGGACCAAUCUUGUAUGUGUCUAUUAAGUCCAUAGAGGGCAGCAGAGAAAUGCGUUACCAGUCUUUGAACGCUUACAGAAAAAGAUUCAAUAUGGCUCCAUACAAGUCUUUUGAAGAUUUGACAGGGGAAAAAGAAAUGGCAGCAGUGCUAGAAGAGCUUUAUGGAGAUGUCAACGCUGUAGAGCUCUACCCCGGCCUACUUGUGGAAAAACCCAGACCCGAUGCCAUCUUUGGGGAGACCAUGGUGGAGAUGGGGGCACCUUUCUCAUUAAAAGGCUUGAUGGGUAACCCCAUCUGCUCACCAGAAUACUGGAAACCCAGCACUUUUGGAGGCAGCGUGGGAUUUGACAUUGUCAAUACCGCAUCUCUGCAGAAGCUUGUGUGCAAUAAUGUACAGGGACCCUGCCCCGUGGCAUCAUUUCACGUACCUGACAUCGAAGAUACAGGCUCCUUUGUCAUUAACUCGAGCACAUCCUCCUCACGCAAUGGUGAUAUUAACCCUACAGUCAUUUUGAAAGAAAGGACUACUGAGCUCUAA